UGUAAUGGCUGCCUCCCUUCGCGAGUCCUGUUUAUUGAUCUCCGGCACAUGGAAAACGUAAACAGUUCUGCCUCCGUGCUUCGGCAUACGGGCCGUACGCCGAUCAAGAUCGCCAAAUGGAAGAUCCAAGCGGGCAGCCGGAUUUCGCAUGGCACUGGUAUCUUGUUGUACCAGAAAUCCGGCGAAAGUUCCGACGCGGACGCGCAGUUGUACAAGCUCAAGUCCGAAUGCGAUGGCACCGUCGACACAUUGGUGGCCCAAGAAGGAGACGUCCUAAAACCCGGGGAUGUGUUGUUGAAGCUGGCCCUGUGUACGCAUCCCGUCGUCAUGAAGGACCUCUGUGCCGAAUGCGGGGCCGACCUGAGAGAGCUGGGAGAAGCCGUGCCGACCGCGGCCGACGUGGCCUCCGUCAGUAUGAUUCACAAUGUACCCGAACUUCGUGUCACUCAGGAGCAAGCUCGCCAGCUGGGCAAAGCCGAUGAAGAGCGGCUGCGCAGCUUACGCAAGCUCGUCCUUCUGGUGGAUCUCGACCAGACGCUCAUCCACACCACAAGCAAUUAUGUGCCACCAGAUGUGAAGGGCGUACACCACUUCCAGUUGUGUGGGCCCCAGUCGCCCUGGUACCAUACACGGGUGCGGCCAAGGACGCAGCACUUCCUUGAGCAGGUGUCCCAGCUGUACGAACUGCACAUCUGCACUUUCGGGGCAAGGCCUUAUGCGCACGCCAUUGCUGCCCUGCUGGACCCCGAUGGACGCUACUUCUCGCACCGGAUCCUCUCGCGGGACGAGUGCUUCAAUCCCACAUCCAAGACUGGCAAUCUAAGAGCACUGUUUCCUUGUGGAGACUCUAUGGUGUGCAUCAUAGAUGACCGUGAGGAUGUGUGGAACUUUGCGCCCAACCUGGUGCCAGUGAAGCCGUACCUGUUCUUCGACAAGACGGGCGACAUAAAUGCACCACCGUGCGCCCAGCCUGAGUCGACUUACUUCCCUACAGCGGAAGACAUUGCAGGGGCUCCCAGAAGAGAAAAGCCAAAGGAAAGUAAUGGCACAAUCGAGAAGUCUGAGGCAGCAGGAGGGGAUACUCUUUCCUCAAGAGACGAAGGCGCGGUUGUAGACUCGGCUCACCAGAAAGACUCUCCGAGCCAAGGUGACAACCCUGACGUUAGUUCCGGCUCCCCCAGUGAAAUGCUCACAGAGCCAUCCAGUGAUCAAGACCAGGAGCCAGACGUCACAGAAGGCGCAGACGCAUCAGCCAAAGAGUGUAAGGAAGCCACAGCGAAUGACAUCGUCCAGCAGGAAGAUGCGGAAAAGCCAAACGAGAGUAAUGGCACAGAGUCCAAUCCUCCGUCCCUUGCAUCUGGAGAACCACCCGAUGGCACUGACCAGAAGGCGGACAGUGCAGAAGAGGCCAUGGACACUGAAGCUCAUGGCAGCAAAGAAACCACAGACAAUGGCAAGGUUGAGGACAAUGUGGCAAACAUACAAAGCAGCCCUGGUGGUGAAGGGCCUGCUCUUUCAUCCGUGCCAUCCACUGAAGAGCUGGAUAGGAACAACCAGGAGAAACUAGUCGCGACAGAUGAUGCCACUUGUGCCACAGAGUCGUCUGCCACUGCGGCUGAUGACUCGGCUGCCAAGGAAAACACAACAGCAGAUGACUCUGCAGACGACUCUGCAGACAAGGAUGACGUAACAGCAAAGUCAAGUGGUAGCCCCAACACGGGGUCCGAUUCUCCAGCUGCUGCAACUCCGGAGCGACCUGGUAGCCCUGACGAAAGCUUAGGAGACAAGAGUCCCGAAAAGCAGCGCGACGAGGACGAGGAUGAGGAUGACUACCUCCUGUAUCUGGAAGAGAUACUGCGAACUAUCCAUUGUGCCUACUAUGCCAUCUAUGACCAGAUGACCACUGAGGAAGGGGGCCGCAUUCCCGACCUCAAGCAUGUCGUUCCCUACGUGCGGCGCAAGGUUCUCAAGGGAGUCCACAUUGUGUUCUCGGGAGUGGUUCCCAUGAAUCAGCCUGCUGAAAAGAGCCGGGCAUGGCAAGUAGCGAAAUCUUUAGGCGCCACUGUGUCACGUGACCUCAGCCCUGGUGUGACCCAUCUCGUAGCAGCAAGGCUUGGCACAGCAAAGGUGAACAAGGCUCGCCGCAUGCCUGGUGUUCAUGUGGUGCACCCAUCGUGGCUGUGGUGCUGUGCUGAGCGUUGGGAGCACGUCGCUGAAGCCCUCUUCCCACUCAGGCCGUCCAGUCGAGAGGGCGCAUCUGAGAGACGUCCGCAGCAGGCCUCCAUCAGCCAGAACCUCAGGGAGCCCGUGGCUGAAGUGGCCCUUCUGCAUGAAAAACAGCUUGACCAGCCGGUGGAAGCCCCCGUGUACGAUGCGGUGACUGGGAAGAGGAUAUGGCGGAGCGGGGAGCGUGCUGCCGCCUCUGGGCCCCAGGCGGCAACUGCUGGGAGUGCACCAACAGUUGCUGCCUCAGAAGAGUGGCCCUGCGCACCAUCGUCAAGCAAAGAUGACCACCCGCAACUCGACGAGAAGGCAAACCCGUACCUGAGCAUGUCGUCGGAGCAGCUGCUGGAAAUGGAUCGCGAAGUUGAGGACGAAUGCAGCAACGACGAUGAUGAUGAUGAUAACAUAGAACAGAGCAAAGAAAAUGCAGAAAAGACGCAAGACGAAGAGUCGAGCCAAGACUCUUCCGUGCUUGGAGGGGCUACGAGGAAUAAUUCGGACACCGAAUCGUCCGCCGAGUCACUCUCGGGUGGCGAGUGUCCACGUGGAUGGAGCAAGCGACGGCGCCGGAAAAGAGGGCGCGAAUGUUUGACAGAAGAUGAGGCAUCGCAGCCACCAAAGUUUCCGAGAAGUGAACUGCCGGAGGACAGUGAACGUUCAAACAGUGAAAAGUCCACAGAUGACUGGUCGAAUGGGUCGAUUGGAUCUGUUGAUGAAGAGAUGGCUGCAGCUGUGGAAAGGGAAUUUCUGGGUCUCUGAGACCCGGUGAAAAAGCAACUGCGUGUAUCUUUGUUGACUGCUUGUGAUGCGAUGAUGCUGUAGCUAGUAAAAGUUUGGAAAAACACAUGAUUUUAAGAGAAACAAAAAGAUCUUGUGCAGUUAUGCUCGCUUAUUUCAAAACCGCAAAUCAUGAUUACAUCCGUUUUGUGCUUUAAAUGAUUAGUGACCCAUAUAUUAAAAUUUUUAGAAACUACAUGCUCCUAGCACUCAAAAGGAUGAUGCUUAGCAAAGAAUUGAGUUGUUAAAUAAGAUAUUUUAAUUUUAUACUAAAAUGGAGAUGACAGCAGGUCAUUGUAAUACAGAGCCAGAAUUUGCUGACGUGUAGCGACACAGCGAGUUAAGGUAAUUACACAUGAAGCAAACAGACAAGGAGGCCAGGGAAAGCAUAAAGGCAAUAACUGUUGUUUUAUUGCGAUAGUAAUUACAUGGACACUCCAGGCGCAUUUUUGCCGUCGUCACUGUGAUGUUCCAUAUCAAGUCCAAGGGUGAUAACAUCGUCACCGCGUGCCGUUUGCUGUGUGUGCGAGUGAAAGCGUGCUACGGUGGGCCGACGGUGGCGGUUCAACCUCGCGUGUGCAAGGGAGAAAAGUGGGGAAGAAGUGUAUCGUCUUUCGUCACGAGCAAGGCACCAGGGGGAGGUACGGGUUGAGGUGCUUUCUACUCCGGCUGCUCCUGUGUAUGACACGGCUGUGCAGGCCUUAUCUUGAAAGUGAUUCGCGAUGAGUACAGAGUCUGCAUUCGCCGCGGGCUCAUAGCUUUGCAGACGCUAUGUCCUGGCUGCUUAGUUCUCGUUUGAAGCGAGAGGUGGCCUCUCGCUUGUUGCUUCUGCCGCGCUUCCUCACUGCAGUGUUUUCAAAGCGAGUUUCCACGGUUAUCGAGUGAGAUGUGCUCAUAAUUGCUUGUGCGAGCAUGCAUGCUUGUUAAUGCAGUUAGUAAGCGAAUGUUUACAAAUUUAUGCGGCUGAUAAAACUACUAUUCUUACUUCAUA